AACAAGUCUCGCGCUGGUCUGAUAUCGUUGUGUCUGUGACCCUUGUCCCUACUCUACUCUACUCUACUCUACUGGGCAAUCGACUCCAUUCUGGAAGCCUGCCGUCUUCUGAGCCGAGGCCAGAGCAAUAAGCGUCGUGUGCGAAACCGGCACUGUUACUAUUCUAAUAUAGAGGCCCGACAACAUUUGGCGCAUACAUAUCUACCCCAACUCUUUCGAUUCCCGUCUCGACGUUUCCUACUCUUCUCUGAUCGUUUGUCUUUCGCGUUGGCCAUGUUGUUGACUUCAGCCCGCUCGCCCGCCCUUAGGAACAGCUUCCGUAACUUCACCAAGACACGCGCUGCGCGAACUCUCAUCAUGGCACCCACCAAGCGAGCCAACAGCUCCGCCGCCUCCUCAGGCUAUGUUGAGAACCACUCCAAGGGACCCAUGCUGCGAUGGCAAGACUCUCUCCCUCGAUUGCCCGUCCCAACACUCGAAGAGACUGCGAAGCGUUAUCUCAAGUCACUCCACCCCUUACUAUCUGCCAGCGAGUACGAGGCCAGCAAGAAGGCCGUCGAGGAGUUUGUGCGCCCUGGUGGUGUAGGCUCCAAGCUUCAGGAGAAGUUGGUAGCCAAGCGCGAGGACCCCAACACCAAGAACUGGAUUUACGAGUGGUGGAACGAUGCAGCCUAUCUCUCAUACCGCGAUCCUGUCGUCCCCUACGUCAGCUACUUCUACUCUCACCGGGACGACCGACGAAGAAGAGACCCCGCAAAGCGAGCUGCUGCAAUCACAACCUCUGCCCUCGAGUUCAAGAAGCAGGUUGACGCCGGCACCCUCGAGCCAGAGUACAUGAAGAAGUUGCCCAUCUGCAUGGACAGCUACAAGUGGAUGUUUAACGUUUCCCGUGUUGCGGCUAAGCCAGCCGACUACCCUGUCAAGUUCUCGCCUGAACAAAACAAACACAUUAUUGCUAUUCGCAAGAACCAGUUCUUCAAGAUCCAACACGAGGUUAAUGGAAAGCAGCUCAACACUUCAGAGCUUGAGCAACAAUUCAAGCGUGUCUAUGAGCUUGCGCAACGCGUUCCUGCUGUUGGCGCUCUCACUUCAGAGAACAGAGAUGUCUGGACUGAUGCCCGUGACAUCUUGCUCAAGGCUAGCCCCAAGAACAAGGACGCUCUGGAGGCCAUUGAGUCGUCCUCUUUCGUGGUUUGCCUCGAUGAUGCGGCGCCAGUCACACUCGAGGAGCGUGCUCACCAGUACUGGCACGGUGAUGGCGCCAACCGCUGGUACGACAAGCCUCUGCAGUUCAUUGUCAACGAUAAUGGUACUUCCGGCUUCAUGGGUGAGCACUCCAUGAUGGACGGUACUCCCACUCAUCGCCUCAACGACUAUGUCAACGACCUCAUCUUUGGAAAUAAGCUUGAUUUCUCUGAUCCCAGCAUCCGGUCCAACUUGCCUGAACCACAAGUCGUCAAGUUCGAUAUCACAAAAGAAGUCCAGAGUGAGAUUGAUCGUGCAACCCAGGACUUCAAUGAUGUCAUUAGCAAGCACCAACUUGCCGUUCAGGCCUAUCAGGGUUACGGAAAGGGCCUCAUCAAGAAGUUCAAGUGCUCUCCCGAUGCUUAUGUUCAGAUGAUUAUCCAGCUCGCCUACUACAAGAUGUAUGGCAAGAGUCGACCUACUUAUGAGUCUGCUGCUACCCGACGCUUCCAACUCGGACGUACUGAGACUUGCCGAACUGUCUCUGACGACUCCGUUGCUUGGGUCAAGUCCAUGUCUGAUUCCUCCGUUGACGACAAGACACGCGUGGAUCUCUUCCGCAAAGCCAUCAAUGCCCACGUUGAAUAUAUCACCGCCGCUUCUGAUGGUAAGGGAGUUGAUCGACAUCUUUUCGGUCUCAAGAAGCUUCUGGAGCCUGGCCAAGAGGUUCCUGCAAUCUACCAGGAUCCCGCGUACAGCUACUCUAGCUCAUGGCACUUGUCCACCUCUCAGCUCAGCUCUGAGUUCUUCAACGGUUACGGCUGGAGCCAGGUCAUCGACGCUGGUUUCGGUAUUGCCUAUAUGAUCAACGAGAACAGUCUCAACUUCAAUGUCGUUUCUAAGGGCCUGGGCAGCGACCGCAUGAGCUACUACCUCAACGAGGCAGCUAACGAUAUGCGUGAGCUACUCACACCUACUCUCGAGCCCCCCAAGGCUAAACUGUAAAUAUACACACAACAUAUUUCUCAGGUGGAAGGAGUCUUGUGCUGUUGAAUGGAUUGGCAUACUGUCGCGGUUUAGAUCAACGGCGUUUUUACUUGUUGGACAAUGUACUCUAGACUUGACCGUCUUUUUGUGCGAUGCCAUAUAGAUGGCACUAGAUAUUAGAGCGACAUGUUUUUUUAGCAAAGGCAGCAUAGAUUACACACGCAAACCAAUGACGGA